AUGUUCUUAUCAAACUAUGUCUUCUUCUAUCUCAUUCUUAUUCAAUUGGUUUUCACAACACCACAACUCAAUCUGCAUUUUACAGAUCCGAUAGAUCGAAGUGAAAAUGGUUUUACACUUGAACAUGAUUGUUUGCGACAUGAUAAUUCAUUCAGUGGAUUCAUGAAUUUUUGUCUAAGUGAAUUCUUUGUGAAUGUUAAUCUUGAAGAAAACGAUCGUUUUCCAAAAUACACUUUCGCUCAAUUAUCCCAAGAGAAUAUCACCAGUGGACAAUUACUUCUUUGGUCAGCGCCGAUUGAUCUUGUUGAAGAUUAUCAAUUCUAUUUGAAUCAACUUUCAAUAGCAAAAUAUGAUUUAGUUUUGUCCAAGAAAGUUUUCUCUAAUUGUACACUGCCGCGAUUUGGUUCAACAUGUCAAUACGAAUAUGAUUUUCUCGAUGAUAUGAAUUUCCCUAUUUACAAUUAUGAAGAAAUUGUAAAUCGUCUUGGUCAAUUACAAAUAACGCGUUUGACAUGUUAUGUUCAUUUGUCAUGCGAUCGUGGUUAUGGGAUGUUAGGAUGUUUAGAUUGGAGCGAAAUUUGUGAUGGACAUGUCAAUUGUUUGAAUGGUGCAGUCGAUGAAGAACAUUGUUGGCAGUUGGAAUUGAAUGAUUGUAAAGAUGACGAAUAUCGAUGUCACAAUGGACAAUGUAUUUCGUGGCAUUUUUAUCGCUCUAAAGAUGGUCAUGAUUGUCUUGAUCGUAGUGAUGAAGAUCAAAAAUAUAACAAACAAGGAUUUCAUGUAUUCUUUUCGCAAAUAUCUUAUUUCGAAGAUAAUACAUGUACAAUUACAUUUCUAACAAGUUCUUGUAUCGAAUCUCAUCAUGUAUUUCUAAUUGAAAAACUAUUGUCGAUGAAAGAUGAACGUAUCUCUGAUGAUUGUUCGACAGCAUUCAUUUGUAGUUUGGAACUAGUUGGAAUCGUUUGCAAUAAUUUCAACACUCUUGAAGAAAACAUUAGAUAUGUUGAAGAAAUGUGUCCCGAUAUCAUUCAAGUCUCAUCUGUUCCGGUUCUAUUUGGUGAUAUCUAUAUGAUGUAUAUUAAAAAUAUUUCACAAACGAAUGUUCAAAACAAAUAUUGGACCUUUUAUCUUUGUACAAAUAAUUCACUCUAUGAGAAAUAUUUUAUUCAUUUGCCGAAAAUCUUCUUCAAUACGACGCAAUGUUAUUACCAUAUGACAUGGCUAUUAGAUCAACAAAUGCGAUCAGCAGGGUUAACAAUUUUUGCGUAUACAAAUGAAGUUCUACAACAAAAUAGUCUUUUACUGAAUUAUUCGACAGAACUAUGUCAACGUUCGGAUAUGUAUCAAUGUCGAAAUUCAUCGAAAUGUAUUUCAUUGUAUCGUUUAUUAGAUUUCAUGCCAGAUUGUCCUUAUGCCGAUGAUGAAGACGAAAUUCGAUUCGAAAAUGCCGUAAUACAAGAAUUGUUCAAACGAAAAAUAAUCCGAUGCCCAAUGUUUACUAAGAAAUAUACUCUCCUUUGGGGAUUUCGUCCACUCCAAUGUACUUGUGCUAGUAAUAACGAUGAAAUUUGUAACGAAGAUAAAAAAUAUCUCUCACAUCUCGAUUGGAAAACAAUCCCAUUUGAAUUGACAUGCGAUGGAUUUGUUGAUAUUACUGAUCCAGUCACUAAUGAAACGGACGAAACUAAUUGUGACCGAUGGCCUUGUAAUAAUCUAUAUACUCGUUGUGAUGGAAUAUGGAAUUGUCUCAACGGAGUGGAUGAACUUUCUUGUGAUCGUUCAUCACCGAUAAAUUGUUCUUUCAAUCAACAUAUUUGUGUUUCACCACAAACGAGCCAAUUGAUGUGUUUACCUUCGGAGAAAAUAAACGAUGGGAUGAUCAAUUGUUUGGGCGGUAUUGAUGAGCCAAAAAUAUGUCGACGAAAAAGUUUUUCAGAUAGUUACAAUCAAUUUCGUUGUAGAAAUGAUGAAAUCAAAUCAUGUAUUGAUGCGACUCUGAUUUGCGAUGGUCAAAAUGAUUGUCUACAUGGAGAUGAUGAACAAUUUUGUACAAAUCAUCAUGACUCAUAUAGAUGGAUUAACCGAUGUUCUACUUCAAUCAGCGACAAACAUUUUGAUAUUAACUAUUUUAUGUGUCGAAGUUUAGAAGUUACUCAAUAUUAUCAUUCAAAAAGGUUUUCACUUCAAAUUCCAACUCAAACACGUUCAUCUUUAAUUUCAGUUUCAAAUAAUCUUCAUCGUUGUCAUUAUGGAAUCGAUAUUCGACUUUGGACAGGUAAUACAAACAAAAGAUCAUGUCUUUGUCCAUCGUAUUAUUAUGGUGAUGUAUGUCAAUAUCAGAAUCAACGCGUAAGUGUUUCUUUGCUCAUUUCGGCGCCAGAAAAUAUUCAUCGGAUUCCAUUUGCGAUAAUUAUUUCACUUAUUGAUAAUGACGAAUCACGUAUUGUUCAUUCUUCUUAUCAAUUCACCGCCUAUCCAACAACAAGAUGUUACGAGAAACACCGAUUUUAUCUCACGUAUUCAAUUCGACCAAAAAAUGUAACAAAACAAUAUUUCAUCCAUAUGGAUUUCUAUGAGAAAUUAUCAUUAGGUUAUCGAGGAAGUUUAUUAUUCUCUAUUUCAUAUCCAUUUCUACCUGUUCAUCGUCUUUCGUAUUAUAUACAUAUUCCAUCGAAUAAUGAAACUGUCAUUUGUUCCGAUAGACGAUGUCUUCACGGGAAAUGUAUCCGAUAUUUUAAUCAUCCGGAAAAGGCGACGUUUUGUCAAUGUGAUUAUGGAUGGUCAGGAAAGUUUUGUCAGAUUCCUUAUCGAUGUUUGUGCUCAUCGGAUUCGAUCUGUAUUGGGGUUUCAACAUCGAAUCGUUCAAUAUGCGUUUGUCCAGUGAAUCGUUAUGGUCCUCGAUGUUUUCUUAUCGAUACAAUAUGUCAAACAAAUGGAUCAGUAAGAUGUCAAAACGGUGGUCAAUGUAUACCGAUUAAUAAAGAUAUAAAUCAAGGUUCUGGUUCGUUUAUUUGUCGAUGUCGAAAAGGAUUUUACGGUACACGAUGUGAAAGUACGCGAAGGCAACUUAUAUUAUCUUUUGGAAAAGAUAUAUCUGUAACACAAUCAAUAUCUAUUCAUAUACUUUCUAUCCGUCCCUUUAUAGGGCCAUUGAGAACAACUCUUUUUGAAAUGAUACCUAUUAAUCAAAAGACGAUAACCAUCGAAGUUGCAGAUACAUUUGGUGUUCUUUUUAUUGAAUUUCUUCAACAGAAAUAUUAUUUAAUUACUGUCGAUAAGUAUCAAAACAGAACAGGAUCGAUAAUAAAAACAAUUCAUCCAUCCGAUCGUUGUCGACAUAUAAGUGAAAUUUUCAAUAAAAUAAUUCUUGAUUAUCCAUCUAUUCGUCGAAUGAAAUAUUAUCAUUUACCAUGUGAAAAAUACUCUCUCGAUCUGUCUUGUUUUUAUGAUGAUACUCAUGUGUGUUUAUGUUAUGAAUUUCAGCAGAAAUAUUUAGCAAAUUGUUUUCUUUUCAAUCAUAAAAUGAAAUUCGAUUGUUAUGGACAAAAUUUAUGUGAAAAUAAUGGUCAAUGUUUUCAACAUUCAGAUAUUUGUCCCGAGAAAAUAAUUUGUGUUUGUCCCCAAUGUUUUUAUGGUGCUCGAUGCCAAUUUCGAACAAAUGGAUUUGAUUUUUCAUUAGAUGGAAUCUUAGGAUAUCAUAUUCAACCACAAGUUCGACUCGUUUCUCAACCAAUUAUUGUGCAAAUAAGUGUGACAGUUAGUCUGAUUAUUCUUAUCUUUGGUUUAAUCAAUGGUCUUUGUACUUUGAUGACAUUUUUAAAGAAAAAUGUACGUGAAGUUGGUUGUGGAUAUUAUCUAUUAGGUUCAUCAGUAACUACUCUGCUGAUAAUGAUUAGUUUUGCAAUGAAAUUUUCGAUUUUUCUUCUCAUACACAUGUCAAUAGUGAUGAAUCGAACGUUUAUAUUGUAUCAAUGUCGUACAAUGGAUUUCCUCUUUCGAACUUUUCUUUAUACGGAUCAAUUGUUAAAUUCAAGUGUGGCCAUUGAACGAGCCGUAACAACAGUGAAAGGUAUUCAAUUUAAGAAAAAGAAAAGUCGACAAGCAGUGAAAUAUGUUAUUCCAAUGAUUUUUCUUCUUGCAAUUUCAAGUAAUAUUCAUGAUCCCAUUCAUCGUCGUUUAAUAACAGAAGAAAAUCCGAGUGGAACACGAAUUUGGUGUACAGUCAAUUAUUCAUCUCGUUUACAAACAUAUAAUUCAACUAUUCAUAUUAUUCAUUUUCUUGUUCCAUUUCUAUCAAAUAUGAUUUCAUCAAUUCUUUUGAUUACAAUCAAAUCUCGUCAAACAUAUGUUACUCAAACGAAAGAAACUUUCAAGAAAAUUAUUCAAAAACAAAUUUUUCAACGUAAACAUUUAUUGAUUGCACCAAUUAUUUUAGUUUUACUUGCCAUUCCGCGUUUAAUUAUCGCUUUUACAUCGAAAUGUUCAUAUUCAGUCGGAGAUGGAUGGUUAUUUUUAACGGGAUAUUUCUUAACAUUAAUUCCACCAAUAACAACUUUUCUCAUUUUUAUUUUACCAUCGAAAUUUUAUAAAAAAGAAUUUCGAAAAACAAUUCGUACGUAUCGAGAUCAAAUACAAAAACAUUUUACUCGUCAUUUAUAA